AUGUCCACAACACGCUUGACCUUUCUCUAUCCCACCCUUUUUCGUGCAAUUAGAGCUAGCGAACCUAUUGUUCCAAGAGUACGAAUACAAUCCAAACGAGCAUCUCGCCCACAACGAUCGAGACAAUUUGGCACAACGCAGAGAAGGAGGGAUGUGUUUGUGCAAAGACAUGGAAAAGCUGUAGAGCCUUUCCUGAAAGAGGGAGAGGAUGAAAGCAAUGUGAAAGUUUUCCUACCGGAGAAAGAAGUCGAGGAAGAAGAAGAAGAGGAAAAUACGAAGGGCACGAAAGUGGGGAGGGAGUCACAGAAAAGCAGCAAACCAAAAGACACUGAUGGAAUGGCAGAAAGGGGGCCCUCAUCUGCAUCGCCAUUAUCGGAAGAAACGCAAGCUGCUUCAACAAUAGCUGGAGAUCCCGGAGUUACGGCGAGAUCUACUACCGCUCAAGGACCAGAACAAUUGACACCCCGCCAACAAGCUGCUGCGAAUACUGGGAAGAUGGCACCGCUGGAGACAGUAUUACAUAUGCCACCGCCUGAGUCAGCCGAAGCUCAAAAUUCAUUAAAACCACCACAUCUACAGACGCCACCUUAUGUUCAUCAUUUCGACACAUAUGCUUUAGUUCAGCAGGUUCAACAAGGGGGAUUUACAAAAGAUCAGAGCAUUACUUCUAUGAAGGCAGUGAGAGAAUUGUUGGCGCUUAACUUGGAUGUUGCGAAGGAGGGCUUAGUUAGCAAGAGUGACGUAGAAAACGAAACUUACCUAUUCCGCGCAGCGUGCUCAGAAUUGAAAGCCGAGAUACAAAAUAAUCGUAAAGCAAACGAGGAGAAGAUGCGCCGGGAACGGACGUUAUUGCAACACGAAGUUGACAUAUUGAAUCAAAAGCUCACUCAAGAGCUGCUCACACUCAAAGAUGAUUUGAAAGGAAUGUUCGAUGAUCGCAAAAUGACUGUACGACAAGAACAACGUACAAUGGAAACUGGAAUCCAAGAACUAAACUACAAAAUCACCGUCAUGCUAAACAGCGACGCCAAAUCCGAAAUAGAAGGACUCCGAUGGGUUCUCACACGAAGAUCAGUAAUGGGAAUAUUAUUCAUGGCAUUCAUGGUCCUAACAAGCUUAAGAUACGCAAGCUACAAAGCUCACGAGCACGAAGAGAAAAGAAGAAAAGAAGCAGAAAUCCAUGCGAAACACGAUGAACAUAUUCAGGAUUUACCAUCCCAAGGAGCAGCGGAGAUACUAGCUGCUAAUUAG